UGUGUUCGUCACAAUAUAUUUUAGCUAGAUGAAACGUGUAAAAUAAGCAAAAAAUCUAGUUUUCAUCUUUCAUUCUGUAUUCGUCAUUUUAUGCAAAAGCGACGGACAGAUUUCAAAUCUAGAAAACGGCCAUUCAAUUUUAAGUACCAUCUAUAUUAAAAAGCAAUAAAGUUUUCGUUUACUUCACGGACUGUCAAACUUUUUUUGAAAAAACUUUGAGAGACUCCUUUUUUGCAACCGAUCUGAACAAAAAGCACUUAAUUACAAACCAAGCGUUAAACUGAAAUCAGCAACUUCAACAGCCGCAGUCGCAGUGAGUUUGUAGAGGAACAUGUCUCACAUUAUGUUGUCGUACCAGUGGGACAUUCAGGGGGUGGUGAAAAAGGUGUUCGAGCGACUCACUGAAGAUGGAUUCCCAGUUUGGAUGGACAUCGAAGGUGGCAUGUCUUCAAACAUCAAUGACAGCAUGGCGUUUGGAGUUGACAACGCCAUUGUCGUCAUUCCCUUCAUGACUCCAAAGUACGCCGACUCGAAAAACUGCAAAAAGGAACUCAACUACGCAGACGCUCAAAAUAAGGAAAUAGUCCCAAUAAUGGCAGAAAAAGACUACAAAGCUGUAGGCUGGCUAGGGCUAAUAACAGCUGGAUUGCUCUGGAUUGAUUUCAGAAACCCUGGAACCAUAUCCACCAGUGUAGUUUCACUCGAGAAAGAGCUUCAACAUCGCUGCUCAGAUUUGGAAUUAGCUAAACCUAUCAGCACGAAGCAAGCACCGGCACCGUUCAAAGGCAGAGCAUUCCGAAACUCAAAAACAGGGAAGUUCCUCGCAGAGUCUGGCGAAGUUAAGUAUCACCAGGCUAGCGGUAGCCGCAGCACGCUAGUGUUGCGGGACAACCCGGAAGCAACGAGCUACUGGGUCGAGGAACGACAUCCGAGCAACAAAGAAGUCGUGUUUUAUAAGAACUUCGCGACGAAUAUGUACCUCGGCUAUGACGCGAAUGGAGACUACAUUUACACGAAGAGCGAACACUACGGAGCCGAAGAGUGGAAUCUAGUUGCAGAAGAUACCUCGCAUAACGGCGAACGAGCUGUGGUGAUAUUUGCAUGUUAUGGGAAGAGGUUCUUAGCGGUUCGAAAUGGAAAACUAACUGGCGUUGCUUCCAGAGAUGCUGAUUGUGUCUGGAUUCUGGAAUGAGACAGGAGCAGAUUUGACGCCCACGAGACGUGUGAAUGUGUCAAAAGGAAAGCGUGAUAAUGAUACAUGCACUAUACUGAACUGUAUUCUUGAUUAACCAGGGCAUUUUGCAUCAUUUUCCUUAGAUAUAUCAGAAAAAAAAAUAUUCAUUAAUUUCCAAACACAAAAAUCAGAUACAGCGCUAAAUAAAAAAAAACCGUAAUAACUUUUAAAAUCAAAAAUAGUCUGUAACCGUUGGUUUAUCAAUUUAUCUGUAUUAUGAAACUUGAA